AUGACGGGCGCCGGGUCCGGGUCGGGCUCGGGCGCCGGGCAGCCAGACAAGGCCCCCGUCAAGGACGACUCGCAGACCGGCGCGUCCACCGCCAGCGACAACAAGGCCACCACCAGCAACAACAAUAACAACAACAAGCGCGUCGUGCUGAUGCCGGACAAGGAGGAACUGGUGGCCGCCUCCCCGGCGCAGCGAAACUGGCGGGGCAUUCUGAUCGCGCUGCUGGUCAUCGUGGCCGUGCUGGGGCUCAUCAUGUUCUCCAUCGUGCUGCUGUCCCCGCCGGACGAGGGGCAGCGCUACAAGGGCGAGAAGCUGACGCUCAAGGACCUGACGGAGGACCUGUUUCUCGCGCCGCCCUUCAACGGCACCUGGAUCAGCGACGUGGAACUGGUGUACCGGGAUGCCAACAACGGGCUGAGCGUGCUCAACGCAGUGACGCUGCACAGCAGAGUCAUCAUGACCAACUCCACCUUCAGGCAGUUGAACGCCGUGGACUUCAAGGUGUCCCGGGACCUCAAGUUCGUCCUGCUCAUCUCGGAGAAGCGGCGGGUGUUCGACUACUCCUACGAGGCCAAGUACACGGUGUUCGAGGUGGCGACACAGACGCGCUACCCGCUGCGGGUCAACGAGAGCGACGAGCCGGGCGGCGGCGCGGCCGGCGCCAAGUGGCUGCAGCUGGUGGACUGGGGUCCCACGGGCAGCCAGCUGGUGCUGGUGCAGGACAACGACAUCUACUACAAGGCCAACGGCUCCACCCAGGCCCGCGCCGUGCGCCUCACCAGCUCCGGCAAGAGGGGCGUCGUCUUCAACGGCAUCCCCGACUGGCUCUACGAGGUUGAGAUCCUGCGCAGCGACCGCGCCAUCUGGAUUUCCCCGGACUCCAAGUACAUGCUCUUCGCCUCCUUCAACGACUCCCGUGUGGGCGAGCUCAAGUACCCGUACUACGGCUCCCUGCAGGAGGGGCUGCGGUACCCGAAGAUCAACACGCUCCGGUACCCCAAGGCGGGGACCCCGAACCCCGAAGUGGCCCUCCGCCUCCUGACCCUGGACGGCAGCGGCGGGGUGGGGCAGGCCCCCGUCGAGCUCAAGCCGCCGCCCUGCAUCACCAACAGGGAGUCCGACUACUACUUCACGGCCGUGACGUGGAUCGACAGCCAGUCCUUCUCGGUGGUGUGGAUGAACCGGCGCCAGAACCUGUCGUGCGUCUCGGUGUGCCGGUGGUCGUCCUGGAACUGCGACGACGUGUACGACGACCAGUCGCCCUUCUGGGUGGACGUGUACCAGCCGCCCGUCUUCUCGGCGGACGGCACGCAGCUGGUGGCGCGCCUGCCCGUCAACGACGGCGAGCAGGGCUCGUUCCGGCAGGUGGUGCAGGUGGCCGUGAGCGGCGGCGGCAGCGGGGCCGGCGCGCUGGCCGCCACCUCGCUCACGCCCCUCACGUACGGGCCCAUGCACGUGACCGAGGUGCUGGCCUGGGACGAGGAGAACCACCUCGUGUACUUCGUGGCGGCGCCUUCGUACGCCCCUGACCAGCGCCAUCUGUACCGAGUCCCGGACGCCAAGGGAGCCGCCGCGGCCGCGGGCUGGACGGGCACCGCCACGGGCACCGCCACGGCCUCCGGGCCCGCCGGGCUGACGGCCACGGCCGCGCCGAACGGGGCCCCGAACGGGGCGGCGGGCCCCACCUGGCAGUGCCUCACCUGCCCGCCGUGCCCGCCGCCCGCCCCGGUCCUGGAGCCCGGGCAGGAGGAGGCCGCCGUCGUGGAGGACGACGACCUGCCCAUCCCCGAGGCCACGGCGACGGCGGCACCCGUCAACGCCACCAGCAGCAACGAGACGCUCUGGGACUGGCAGUGGGGCAACCCGGGCUCCGCCGUGUGCCUGUUCAGCCACGCCCACUUCCCGCCGGGCCGCAGGCUCCGCUUCUACAUCCUCGAGUGCCAGGGCCCCGAGGUGCCCGAGGCCAUCCUGGUGAACGCCACCAGCAACCUGCCCCUGCUCAGCCUGCAGCACAACUCGAGGCUCCGGGACAUGUUCAACAAAAGGGCGCGGCCCCAGAUCAAGACCUUCAAGGUGCAGAUCGACAACGACUACCACGCGCAGGUGCGCCUCUUCCUGCCGCCCGGCCUGCGCGACUACGAGGAGGUCACGUUCCCGCUCGUGCUGCACGUCGACGCCGCUCCCGGCUCGCAGCUCGUGUCGCAGCGCUGGGCCGUGGACUACUCGGCCUACUUGGCCUCCAACCGGAACUACAUCGUGGCCGAGAUAGACGGUCGCGGCUCCGGCUUCCAGAGCGACCGCUUCCUGUUCGAGCCGUACCGGCGCCUGGGCUCCGUCGAGCUGGAGGACCAGAUCGCCAUCGUCAAGUACCUGAGCGACAAACUCAAGUACGUGGACCGGGACCGCGUGGGGCUGUGGGGCCGCGGCUACGGCGGCUUCUCGACGGCCAUGAUCCUCAGCGAAGACCGCAGCCCCGGAGUGUUCGCUUGCGGCAUCGCCGUCGCCCCCGUCACCAACUGGGCGCACUACGAUUCCGUGUUCGCGGAGCGCUACCUGUGCACUCCAAACGUGACGGACAACUACCGCGGCUACGAGGACGCCGACGUGAGCAAGAAGGCAGGCAACCUGCGCGACAAGCGCUUCCUGCUGAUCCACGGCACGGCCGACCUGCGCGCGCACUACACGCAGUCCAUGCUGCUGGUCAGGGCACUGGCCAGAGAGGGCGCGCUCUUCCAGCACCAGACGUACCCAGACGAGGGCCACGACCUGCGCGGAGUGCGGGACCACAUGUACCGCACCAUGGACGCCUUCUGGGACGACUGCUUCGGCCCGCUCGACCUGGAGGACUGGGAAGACGGGGUGGGGCUGUUCUCCUUCAAGCAAUAGUGGCGCGCCCAGGGCGUGGGGGCGGGCCCGAACCGGUCCGCCCUCAACGGCGCCCUGCUGCACAAGGCCAUCCUCACGCAGUCCGU